AUGGCGCGCGGAGGGCUCCCCCGGAGGCCCCGCGAACCUCUUCUGCGGCCCAGCAGGGGUGGGCGCCUUCAUUGGCGCCUGGACCUGCUCCCACCGGGCCUGGAUCUGCCCCUGCGGGUCGAGGUGCACCCACCCACCCCAGCCACCGAGACCGGGGGCCUGGCUCUCCGCCUCUUGCCUCCCGCGUUUCUCUCAAGUCUCGCUCCGCCCCGGCCCGGCGUCCUGGUGGCGGCCAGCCCCACCAGUCCCUUCUCUAGGCCUCCCCUCUUCCCCCAGCCUCCGGUCUUGGGUAGAUCCCCCGGAGCUGUCAGGCCCUUCUCGGCCUUCCCCUCAUAUGCCGCCCACAGGUCUGCUGGGGCCCCCCAGUCAGCCCCUGGCCCUGCUCUGCUUACUGGGGGAGCCCCUCUGUCUGCGGAUCAGAAGCCCAUGUUCAACACCUCGCUGCUCUUCACACAGUGUGAGCUGAAGUUGUGCACCAACAAGGAGAAGGACCUCCAGAAGCCACCAGGCCUGUGUCUCCCAACAAAGCCUGUACCUCAACGGAUGCCUUCAUGAUUUGAGCCAUGACGCAGAAUAAAAAGAUGUUCGUGCCAGGUGUGGUGAUGCACGCCUGUAAUCCCAGCUGAGGCAGGAGGAUGGUGAAUUCAAAGCCAGACUCAGCAAUUUAGCAGAACCCUGUCUCAAAAUAAAACACAAAAACGGCUGGG